ACUCACAAUCAGAUUGCAGACAGCUUAUGCAAAAUAACACAGCUUCAAACGAGGGAACACUUUUCAACGUGCAGUCAUCUGCACGCUUUCCAAGUAAAAUUGCUGCCAAGAGAAGGAAAAAAAACACACAAGCUAUGAAGUGAACCCGAGAAGAUCCCAGCUGUUGAAAGUCUCCCCAGUGAAAGAAAGUUUGAACGAUUUGUAAGAUAAGGGCAAGGAUACUCAGAAGAUAAAAAUUAACUUUGGACCGGGUUUGCAUGCAUGACAAAUUCACUUGCCAGCAGGCAAUCUGAAGCAUGAAAUUACAGGCCCAAACCGGAUUCCAAGUGGCAAUUGCCGCCUUUCUUUCGGUCCUUGGAACAACUUCCGGUUCUCCCGGGGCGACAAACGACCUUGACAAUGGCCCGGAAAUUGAUGGUGCCUCCGACGAAUGUCCUCCCGGCAGCUGGUGUGUACCUUCCUUCAGAUGUACCACGUUGGCCGCCGAGGGGCAGAUAAACGUCAAAUGGCUCGCACAUGGCCCGGAACAAACCUAUCGCCGAUGUGCCGGCCAAAAACAAAAUGCGAGACGCGUCUGCUGCCCGGUGCUGGGAAAAUGGCCACCUCCGGCCCACAUCAUCGUCCCCCGGACCCUGGACCCGGAUCAUCAACUGGACGGUGGUGAUCGUAAAACAAACCGCAAGAGAGAGAUCUCUUCGUCGCCGCCGAUGGAUUAUGGCCAGUUCGCAGGGCAAAAUGCUACCGAGAACAACUUGAGCCGCUCGAAGCGCUGCGUCAUCGGAGGAGAGUGUAAGGAGAAGAAGCGCCGCUAUCGACGGUACGAUGGACGCUGCAACAAUGUUGGUCCCGGCGCUAGCCUUUGGGGCUCUGCUGGCUACCCUAUAGAGCGGAUUCUGCCCCCGGCUUACACGGACGGAGUUUGGGCUCCAAGAAUCGUUUCGAUCGGGGGGAUGUAUUUGCCCAGUGUCCGCAGCAUUUCCGCUCAGUUGUUUUCCGACUUGCACGUUCCCCAUAAGAAGUUCAACGUGCUGUUGAUGCAAUUUGGGCAGUUUUUGGUCCAUGACAUUACCAAAAACAAGGUUUACUCAGAGAAAGCUAAAUGCUGCCUCGAUGAUGGAAGCCAUCGCCUUGCUGUACCACACCCGGCUUGCUUUCCGAUUCGAGUUUCUUAUAAGGACCCGUUCUACGGGAAAUUUGGAGUGAAAUGUCUGGAGUUUGUACGUACCGCCAUAGCUUCGAGAAAGGACUGUCCAAUCGGGCAUGGGCGACAAAUUUCUUCGGUAACAAGUUUUAUCGAUGGUUCAGGAAUAUAUGGAAACUCACCCAAAGAAGUUCACGAAUUGAGGACACAUGUUGGAGGUAGACUAAAAUCCAGGAAACAUCGUAGGCAUCACAUUGAAUUGCCACCGGAGGACACCAGUCCCGGAGCAUGUGAUAAGAAAGCGGAAAUGUGCUUCAAAGUUGGUGACGAUCGAGUUAAUCAAAUCAUAUCGCUGGUGGCAGUGCACACACUUUUUCUACGGGAGCACAACCGAAUUGCCGGCAUCUUGGAAGAUUUGAACCCACACUGGAGCGAUGAGGUUCUGUUCCAGGAGGCCCGCCGAAUUGUGGGGGCAGAGUUACAGCACAUUGUCUUUACCGAAUAUCUGCCGAAAAUUGUUGGACCCGAGAUGAUGGAUCAGUAUAAUCUGUACGCUUCCAAAGGUUACAGCGAUUUCUACGAUCCACAUCUGAAUCCGGCCAUCACGAGUGAAUUUGCUGCGGCAGCAUUCCGGUUUGGCCACUCGACCGUUCCCGGACAACUGGAAUUGCCAACGGGAAUCGUUGACACCCACAAAACGUUUUUCGAGCCUACGGACCUCCGGGAACCGGGCUACAUCGACGGGUUGUUCCGUGGCCUCGCACUUCAGCCGAUGCAAAAAGCGGACGACAUGUUUACCCACAGCUUGACCCGGUUCCUGAACCCCAAGGAAGAUCGACCGUAUGGGAAAGAUCUGGUUGCCAUCAACAUUCAACGGGGCCGGGAUCACGCGCUACAACCAUACAACAGCUAUCUGCGGCUCGGGGGUCACAAGGCACCCCGAACCUUCGAAGAUUUUGGCCCGGUCGUUGGCCCACAGCUUUUCAAAUUGUACGCCAAUGCCGAAGACGUGGACCUUUUCGUGGGCGGAGUUUUGGAGCGACCGGUCCCUGGUGGAGUGGUUGGCAAGACAUUUGCCGAAAUUAUUGCGGAUCAGUUUUCCCGGCUCAAGGAAGGCGAUCGGUAUUUCUACAGCAACGGCCCAAAAAUAAAUCCGGGUCAUUUUACCGAACCACAGCUGGAGCAGUUGCAGCGGAUCACCCUGGCUGGAGUUCUGUGUGCCAACUCUGAUCGAGAGAAACAUUUCGAAAUACCCGUUGACGCUUUUAGUUUGCCGCAUCCUGAAAGCAAUCCUUUGGUGUCAUGCAGAUCAGAACUCAUUCCAGAGCUGGGAUUAAAAUGGUGGAAAGAUUGAUUUUUAAAUGUUUUGCAUGUUAUUAUUUUUGUUAUAUUGUUGAAAUAUAAAAUUUAUCUAAUGUAUGAA